CCUACUUUUGAUAAUCGCGAUUUUUUGUCGGCGGAUCGGGAGGCUUGAAACCGGGAAUAAUAUUUUUCGAAAUUUUUAAUUACUUGUGUGGAAUUUAUACUAUUUUUUCUUACAUUACCAUAGUUCGAUGAACGUAUAUUUGAUACUUCUAUUGAAAAAACAUGUAGCUUGACAUCGACUCCGGGAUGACCACAAACUUAGAUUAUAGAAUAGGAAGGAUAUCAAUUUGGUAAGCAGCAAUGAUCAUACAAAACUCGAUGUAUGUGCGCUUUAUAGGCAUUAUCGUAUUGGCCACUAUUGGAGUGAUAUUUAUGAUCUCAAGUCUUCCCAUCUCUGAUACAUGUAAAUGCGAGAAUUCUGCAGAACGGGAUAUUCAACAUGAACAAUUUCAUCGCAGCUUCAAGGAAUUGUCUUCUUCGAACAAACAUAAGCUAGCAAUUCUGGUUCCAUUUCGAGAUAGAUUUGACGAGCUGUUGCGAUUUGCACCUCACAUAUCUGCGUUUUUAAAUCGUCAGCAAGUUUCGUUUCACAUUUUUGUGCUGAAUCAAAACGAUCGAUUUCGUUUUAAUCGGGCAUCAUUGAUUAACGCCGGGUUUCUACUGGUUAAAGAUCAGUAUGAUUAUAUCGCUAUGCACGACGUAGAUUUACUUCCGUUGAACAAUAAUCUUAAAUACGAAUAUCCGGAAAAUGGACCACUGCACAUCUCCGGCCCGGAAUUCCAUCCAAAAUAUCACUAUGCAACGUUUAUAGGGGGAAUUUUACUGUUAAAAGUCGAACACUACCAAUUGCUCAAUGGAAUGUCGAACAAGUAUUGGGGAUGGGGCCUAGAAGAUGACGAAUUCUACGUUCGGAUUAAGGAAGCAGGACUUGAAGUGAACCGCCCCAGGAAUAUUACAACCGGACCGGAAAAUACGUUCUUACAUAUCCACGACCGUUUGCAUCGUAGAAGAGAUACGGCCAAAUGCUUCAAUCAAAGGGAAGUGACGCGGCGUAGAGAUCGAGAAACGGGACUUAACACCCUCCGGUACAGUCUGGACAGUCGGCGAGAACUGACGAUAGAUGGCGUGGUCUUGACUGUUAUGAACAUAAACCUAGAAUGUGAUAAAUCUCAAACUCCGUGGUGCGAAUGUGAUAGUAAAGUCGAUACAAAAUCGCGCUUAGAAACAAAAGCAAAAACAUGAUUUUAAACGACAGAUAUCGUUUACCUACACUGGGGGUUUGCAGUUUCUGAUGAUGCCUUCCCAAGCUGCUCCCAUCCCGUUUAUUGAAAUUCUUUUUCUGUAUCCACUGCUCCGCCGGAACGUUGAGUGAGAUUAUUUCGUCUUUGAUUUUUGUAGCACCUGAGCAGCAUCCCGGGAAUCAAGAGUAGAUUUAAAUAUUUUAAUUAUCUUUAAAUUUCUCCUUUCCUCAGUUCCUCGAGUCUUCCUCAGUGUCAGUCACAAUGAGUGUAUCUUAAAAAAAUGAAUUGAAAGGUAAAAAAUAAUGAAAUCCACUCUUGAAGUACCUACGUUGUGUUUUCACUAGGCUAUACGUUUAACAAAAAAUGCGUUAAAGGUCCAAUUAAAUCCUCAAACUUAUUUUUUCGCUAUUUUUUUGUAAGGAUCGUGAGAGAAAAUCGAGAAGCGAUAACUAGUUCGAAUACACAUAAAAGAUAAAGAAACGACUCUCCUACUCAAAAAUCGCCCAUCGAUUUGCCAUACUCACGCACUACAAUCAUGUGUUAUGUUUCAAUUCGGGAUUCUGUUCUUUCACAAUAAAAUGUUAACCAUUGACA